AUGAUCUCAUUUCUUGAUGAUGAUUUGAAAGUUACCAAGGAGAAUGAUGCUGAUACAAUCAACAAAGCUACCUCCCUGGCUCUUCUCUUAGCAGGUGUAGAUGUAACUACAGGUACAUUGACAUGGGCACUCUGUUUACUUCUCAACAACCCUGAAACCCUAAAAAGGGCCCAAGAAGAAUUAGACCAAAAUGUUGGAAGAGAGAGGCAAGUUAAGGAAUCUGACCUCGACAACUUGGUCUAUGUCCACGCGGUUCUCAAAGAAGCAAUGCGUUUAUACCCUCCCGGACCACUUGUAAUGGCCCAUGUGUCCAGAGAAGAUUGCAUUGUAGGAGGCUACCAUAUCCCAGCAAAGACUCCUGUCUUCGUCAACAUUGGAAAGAUCCAACUAGAUCCAAAGCUGUGGCCUGAACCAAAUGAGUUCCGGCCUGAACGAUUUCUAACAACCCACAACAACAUUGAUGUUAGAGGUCAGGAUUUUGAGUUGCUACCAUUUAGCAGUGAAAGAAGAAUGUGUACAGGGGUAUCUAUGGCCAUGAAGAUGAUGCCGUUGGCACUUGCUUCUUUGCUUCAUGGGUUUGAAAUUGCGACCCCAGGGGAUGAGCCUGUUGACAUGCGUGAGACAAUGGAGUUGACUAACCAUAAAUCCACCCUUCUUGAAGUCCUUGUCACUCCACGCCUUCGUGCUCAACUAUAUGAGCAUCAUAAAUAAAGCAAACUACUAUGUUAUUAUGUGGGAUGGAAGUUACAUGAAGUUGAUAGGGACUGUCAUGAAAUAGUGAGAUGCACUAGAUGUAUCGUUACACAGUGUCCAUUCCAAUCAAUAAAUUGUUUUAUUUUCAGUGUCA